UAAAAAAGUCGUUUUUGUUCCUCCUCCGUAAACAGAAGUACAAUAAUCAGUUGUGUAAGAAAGUGGAAGAGAAUGGUUCAGACGAAAAAAAAGAAGAAGAUUCACCACAGCGACGAUGAAGAAGAAGACGACACUUUCUACUACCGCUACUCCUCCGUCGCAGCACCACCUUCUCACCCUACAAAACCUUCUUCCUCCUCCUCCGCCAAAUCACCAGCUCCUCCCACCGGAUCAGGCGGCUUAGCCCCUUCAAAAUCAACUCUCUACGUCUCGAACCUCGACUUCUCCCUCACCAACUCCGACAUCCACACGCUCUUCUCCACCUUCGGAAAAGUCGCGCGGGUCACCGUCCUCAAGGAUCGCCAGACCCGCCGAUCCCGCGGCGUCGCCUUCGUGCUCUACGUGUCGCGCGACGACGCGGGUAAAGCUGCGCGAUCCAUGGAAGGGAAGAUCCUCAACGGAAGGAAGCUGACGGUUUCGAUCGCUGCCGAUAACGGGAGGGCGUCGGAGUUUAUAAAGAAGAGAGUGUACAAGGAUAAGUCGAGGUGUUACGAGUGUGGAGACGAAGGGCAUCUUUCGUACGAGUGUCCUAGGAACCAGUUGGGGGCUAGGGAGAGACCGCCGCCGCCGAAGAAGAGGGGAAGGCGGAGGGAGGAGGAAGGAGAGGGUGAGGAGUCGAGGGGUUGGUCGGGGCAGGAUCUGACGGAGGAGGGGGUUGGUGAGGAUAAUUGGGCUUCUGUGGUGGAUAAUGAAGCUGGGGAGAGGCUGAGAAUGAGAGAGGCUGAGGAAGAAGAGGAGAGGAGGAGGAAGAGGAAGGAAGCUGCAGGGAAGAAAGUUAGUUACUUUAGUGAUGAGAGUGAUGAUGAAGAUUGAUGAAAACUCAGGAACAAGACCCAAUCCAUGUUUGAUGAGUUUGUAUCAUUAGAAAAAUCAACUCUUUAUCAGUUGUUGAUUUGAAGAUUACAUCUUUGUUCAUCAAUGCAUAUUAGCUUUGUUUGGUUGUAAUCCAUUGUAUGAUGCCAUAUUAGAUGUUUGAUGACUCUAGAUGUUCAUCCAAGUGACUAGAUUUCAGUUCUUGAUCCUAA